UGUGUCUCGGACGCUUUCUAAUCUAGAAUGCGAAAAGUCCCGAGGCACCUGGAUAUUUAUUAUGAAAAUGGCGUCAAGUGCGAACACAGAAGCUUGCUAUGUUGCUCUUCUAGGUUUAGCAGAGAAUUUCAGGACAUCAAACCCCCCAAAUAUAAAACUUUGUAUACAUUGUUUACAAAGUAUUCUCACACUACAGUUAGCACCGAAAAUAGAAACCAGGACACGUGUACAAUUGGGCAAUAUCUUAAUUGCACAUACAAAAAAUACAGACCUGGCAAUUUCAAACCUGGAAAAGGCGUGGGAAUUAGCAUGCAACACUAGAGAUGUAGAUGAUGUUAAAUUUGAGUCAGCAAGUGUUUUAGCACAGAUAUAUGAACAACAGACUCAGUAUGAAUUGGCAAAGCCAUUAUUACAGACAGCACUGGAUAUGUCCCAGCAGUCACCAUACUGGCAUUGUAGAAUACUCUUUCAGCUAUCACAAUUACAUGCCAUAGAAAGAGACUUCCCUUCAGCUGUACGACUAUUGACCACAGGAAUUGAAGUGGCAGGGAAGUCUAGAUCAGAAUAUACAAAACUGUUGUUCCUGCUUAGCAGAGGAAUGCUACUGCUGAUAGACAAGAAGACUGGUGAUGUCCAUGAAACACUAACAACAGUCAGUUCAUUGAUAGAUACUUAUAAUGGACCCACAAUACAGAAAGAAUCUCUGAAGGUCUUCUUCCUUAUAUUACAAGUUUGUCAUUAUCUAAUGGCUGGUCAGGUUAAAAGUGUAAAACCAGCAUUGAAGAAUUUACAACAGAUAAUACAGACCAUUACACAGUUACAUACAGAUGAAGAACCUGACUCUACCAAUCCAGUAGACUUAUUCCAAUGGUUACCCAUAGAACAUAUGUGUGUAUUGGUAUAUUUGGUAACAGUAAUGCAUUCUAUGCAGGCUGGUUACAUGGAUAAGGUACAGAAAUACACAGAUAAAGCACUCAUGCAGAUAGAAAAACUCAAAAUGUUGGAUGCUCACCCGAUUCUCUCUUCCUUUCAACUUAUGUUAUUAGAACAUAUAAUAAUGUGUCGACUGAUCAUGGGAAACAAGACUGUCGCCAUACAAGAGAUAUUUCAAGUUUGUCAUGUCUGUCAGCAACAGCCAAGAUUAUUCACCACUCAUGGUGCACAGAUUCAUUCAUUACUGGGUUUAUAUGCAAUGUCUAUGAAUUGUAUGGAGGCAGCAGAAUCACAGUUUCACACAGCUAUAAAGUUAUCAAGAGGUACAGAGCUGGCAGCAUUCAUUAAUUUGAAUUUAGCAAUAAUAUACAUGAGGUCAAACAGACAAGAUGAACUCCUGCAAAUUCUAGAGAAAGUUGACCCAGAAAAACUUCAGGCACAAUCCCAUGGUUUGAAAGCUUCAGCAAAUUAUGUGAGAGGAUUACAGUCUUUUUUCCAGGCAAGAUACAAUGAAGCAAAACAUUAUCUAAGAGAAACAUUAAAGAUGGCAAAUGCAGAGGAGAUAAACAGGAUGACAUCUUGUUCUUUAGUUUUACUGGGCCAUAUUUUCUUAUCUAUGGGUAAUAAUACUGAAUCAUUAAACAUGGUUACACCAGCUAUGAAGUUAGCAGGAAAGAUACCUGAUGUUCAUGUCCAAUUAUGGGCUUCAUCUUUACUCAAAGAUUUAUAUAGGUUAAGUGGAGACAAGGCCCAGGAAGAGGAAGGAUGCAGAUUACAUACAAGUUUCUCACAGUCAUUACUCAAAGAUCAUUUCCAGUCAUCACAGUUGUCUGAACAUGGACUUAUUCAUUGGACUGAAGGAGCAUGUCCGUUCCAUCUCAAUACAACAUAAACCAUAUAGAGGGAAUCACAGAAUCAGUGUAAAUUUAACAUGGGCAGCAUACAGAACAAUAGUGUAUUAAAAAAAUAUGUCUUGCUGUGAAAAAUAAGGAUAUAAUUACUCCCUGACACAGG